AUGCGUAUUAAAUCAAGUGAACCUUUAAGUGAUUAUAUGCUUCGAUUACAACGAUUGAAAUCAUUACCAUUAAAAUUACAUUUACAAUGUUUGGAAGAACUUGAACGAAAUAAUUUUCAUACUGAAUUAAUUAAACGAAAUCCUGAUGAACGAGAACGUAUUGCUUAUUCACAUAUUAUUCAACGAUUUACAACUGCACUUACAACAUCGGAUCAAAAAGUCGAAUUAACAAGUGCAGCAAAAUUAUUUCGUGAAGCUAAAAAUGAAACAGUUGCUCAAUUAGUUGAUGAUGAAGCUCGUUUAAUAGUUAAACAAGAUGAACUUGAAAAAAAAUUAUACAAUGUACAAUUAAAAGGUUUAUCAUUAGUUGAUACACUUGAAAUGUUAUUAAUUAAUUUUGAAAAAGAUGCAGAUAUAUUAAGAAAAGAUUUUAGUGUUAGUGAUAAAAGAUAUUGGUGGAUUAAAAUUCAAGCAUAUGCAAAAAAACAUGCUUGGACACAAUUACUUGAAUUUGGAAAAAAACCAACAUCACCUAUUGGAUAUGAACCAUUUAUUGAUGUAUGUGUUCGAUCUAACAGACUUGAUGAAGCUCGUCGUUUUGUUGAUCGAUCUAUAUAUUCAUCAAAACUUGAUGAUGAUCGUCUUCCAUUUAUGUAUGCCAAAGUUCAAAUGGCUGAUGAAGCAAUUAAUUCAGCAAUAAAAUUAAAAUCACUUGAAGCAUUACAUUUUAUUGAAGGAAGAUGUCAAUUAAAUGAAACAAAUUUAACAAAAAUUCGUUUAGCAAAAGAAAAAAUACAAGAUUAUGAUGAUAAUCCAUUAAAAAAUGUAUUUAAAAUAUUUAAUCGUGGAAAUCGAGCUGAUGAAUAA